AUGCUUGACCGUUUCCGGAGAUCGACAAUGAAUACAAUUUGGCGAAUCGAUUUUGUUGAUAUGAAAAAGGAAAUUGUUGAGAGGAGAGUGGCCCGAUCAAAGUUGAUAAAUAAUCGAGGAAAGACCACGCUCGAGAUGAUUAAGAGAUUUAAAGAUCUUGAUAGUGAUCUGGGUUGUUGCUCGAGGUCGAAUUGUCGAUUUCCCUUCGUUGCUUCCUUAGCGAGUUGA